GCCCGACCCGCCGCGGCAGCCAUCGCGCACCCGGCCCGGAGCGCCACCGCGAGCCGGCCACUCCCGCGCGCCCGGGGCCUUCCCCCUCAGGCAUGGGAAAGGACCCGGCGCCUGGCGCGAGGCUAGCCUUGCGACCCUUGCGCUCCGCCAAAGCGGCUGUACGCUCCUCGCCGAAGACAGAAAGCCGAGCCCACGUGGCUGGGAUGCGCGUCAGUGUCGCACCGGGUCUUCCCCGGAAUGGCGGGUUAGGCCUUCUCCGCGGCGCGGCUCCUUAGUCUACCUCUCAAAGAGAAUUCAGGGGCCUCCUGACCGCACUCUCAGCCGUACCCUUCUGGUGAAAUGACGUUUGCUCAUAGCCGCUUACUUUUCCUCUAUCAAAGCCGCCCUCUGAGGGGGGGAAAAAAGUGACCCGCUUCGGAAAACUUUUAUCCGGAUAACGGGCUGUUUACACGAAGUCUUGGGUCAUAAGACGUGGGUUAGAAAACGAGUUGAAGCGAGAAGGGAACUCUUCCUACCAAAUGUUGAAGUUUAUUUGCAAAGGCUUCCGUUUUAGCCGGCGUGCUGUAGCACGCCUGACACACCAGCGCUGGAGGCAGAGGAGGAAGGAGGAUCAUUGCAAAUUCGAGCCCAGCAUGGUCUACAUAGUGAGCUCAGAGGCACCCAAGGGUACCUACCACACAGCGAAACGCUACCUCAAGAUAAUUGCACGGUGCUUCCUUUUAAGCACACUGAACGGAAGAAGGCUACUAGACCUCACAGAGCUCGGGUUAGCCCUGAGACUGGAGCAGGGACAGGAUUUUGCCAUGGCUGUAUACGAGAUGAGGCGGCGCGGUGUGGGUGGAAGUUUCCACGGUAGACCACGAAUCUCGCCGUUCUCCAGCCACAGGGCACUUGAGCACGGAACGCAGUUUCAGCGGGUUCAGUUUUCCCGCAGGAGCCCGAGUCCACCGCCGCCUUCCUUACUGCGCAGGCGCGGUGCCACUUACCCGGCAUGGAAGUGGUGGGUCUCUUGUGUCUGCUGAUGGCUGUCCUGACUUGGGGCUUCCUCCGGGUUCGGGACACGGCGGAACGAAUGAGGUCUCCGGAGCAGGCAGGCCUGCCGGGAGCCGGAAGCCGAGCCCUUCUGGUGAUCGCGCACCCGGACGAUGAAGCCAUGUUCUUUGCUCCCACGGUGCUAGGCUUGGCCCGCCUGGAGCAGCGGGUGUUCUUGCUCUGCUUCUCGGCAGGAAAUUACUACAAUCAAGGAGAAAUUCGAAAGAAAGAACUUUUGCAAAGCUGUGAUGUUUUGGGGAUUCCACCUUCCCAUGUAACGAUUAUCGACAACAGUGAGUUUCCAGAUGACCCAGGAGUGCAGUGGGACAUAGAGAGUGUGGCCAGCACCCUCCUCCAGCACAUAGAUGUCAAUGGCAUCAACUUGGUGGUGACUUUCGAUGCCGAAGGAGUCAGUGGUCACAGCAAUCAUAUUGCUUUGUACAAAGCUGUGAGGGCCCUACACUCAGAAGGGAAGCUGCCUAAAGGGUGCUCCGUACUCACUCUGCAGUCUGUGAAUGUGCUACGGAAGUAUCUCUACCCCCUGGAUCUACUCUGGUCUCUGCUCUCACCCAAGGAUGUCCUCUUCCGGCUCACGGGUAAAGAAGUAGCACAGGCCAAGAAAGCCAUGUUUUGCCACCACAGUCAGCUCCUCUGGUUCCGCCACCUGUACGUUGUCUUCUCCAGUUACAUGAGAGUCAACUCACUGCAGUUCCUCUGAAGCCAAGAAGAGUUUUCAGAUCUUCAGAACAAAAGGGAGAAACAUACCAAGAAGACCCUGGGCCUGGCUUUGGGCUGGCUCAUCUCCUCAGCCUGGAGCGAUAGAUCCCAGCAAAGCAGCCUCUGAGGGGAAAAAAAAACACCAAGACCCAAAACUGCACCAACACAAUAACAGCUACCCCACUAAUUUACCAACUCUUGUGAAAAUAGUUGGCAUGAUAACAGAGUAUGUAUCAAACAUCUCACAAAGCCUGGGCAGGUUACCUUUACCAUAAAUGAAUGUAAAGGUGCUAUAAAAAGUAGUUCCCAGAUGGAAUUUUUACAUUGCUUCUGAAGCAGGCUGUUUUGGUCAGUCUUCUAUUCUUGUAACCAGGGGGUCUGUAGAGUUAAGGUUUUACUUAGCUCACAAUUCUGCAGGCUGCAAAGACUAGGAACAUGGCAGCCCCUGCAUGACAGCUGAUGGGGGCUUCUUGAUGUAUCUCAAAGACAAAGGCAGUCACAGGGACACAAAGCAAGUGAGCCAGAGUGUUCCUUUAGACAAAGCCACAGCUACAAGUGACCUAGUCACCUGCGAAAGGUCUCACCUCCCAACACUGGUGCCUUGAGCACAUAUGAGUUCCACAGACAAGUGACCUAGUCACCUGCGAAAGGUCUCACCUCCCAACACUGGUGCCUUGAGCACAUAUGAGUUCCACAGACAAGUGACCUAGUCACCUGCGAAAGGUCUCACCUCCCAACACUGGUGCCUUGAGCACAUAUGAGUUCCACAGACAAGUGACCUAGUCACCUGCGAAAGGUCUCACCUCCCAACACUGGUGCCUUGAGCACAUAUGAGUUCCACAGCUACAAGUGACCUAGUCACCUGCGAAAGGUCUCACCUCCCAACACUGGUGCCUUGAGCACAUAUGAGUUCCACAGCUACAAGUGACCUAGUCACCUGCGAAAGGUCUCACCUCCCAACACUGGUGCCUUGAGCACAUAUGAGUUCCACAGACAAGUGACCUAGUCACCUGCGAAAGGUCUCACCUCCCAACACUGGUGCCUUGAGCACAUAUGAGUUCCACAGACAAGUGACCUAGUCACCUGCGAAAGGUCUCACCUCCCAACACUGGUGCCUUGAGCACAUAUGAGUUCCACAGACAAACCAUAACACAGGUUCAACACACACACACACACACACACAAGCUUCAGUUGGUUCAACCAUACUUCCUUGGGUUUUUAUUUGUGGCCCCCUUACCAGAACUUUAGUUCUGUACUUUAUCACCAUGGUACAGAUGUGUAUAGAUGAUCAUGUGGGUCCUACCUUUGAGGAGCCAAUAAACAUCUUGAUUCUCUGCCUUUUGGAAGUA